AUCCUAUCCCAAAGCCAGGGGGUGGGGCGGACAUAAGAGGCUGGCAGUCAAGACGGGACAAACGCAGGCAUGGCUCGCCUCAACUGGUGCCUGGCUGCCGUCAUUAGCUGGGGCAAGUUCCUCUUCGCCUGCUUCUUUCCUCUGAGGGGGGCCAAACGAGACAAGCCUGAUGAGCUGGAGGGCGUCCACACACACACCUUCAAGUUGAAGCCAUUCAAGAAGGCCAAGAGUUGUGAUAUAUGCAAGCAAGCCAUCACCAAGGAGGGCCUAAUCUGCAAAGCAUGUCGGUUGUCCUGCCAUAAGAAAUGUGAAGUAAAGGUGACCACAGCAUGUCAAACAACAACUACUACCAACUAUGAGCUACCUCCUACUCCUCAACUGCCAUUAAAGCAUGUAGAUACACCGGGAUCUACAAGAUCUUGCAGGAGUGUGGAGAUCAGGCGAAAGCAGUCUUGGAGUCAGAGUGUGGUUCAGGCCAUGGAAGACAGCUAUGAGGUGGACUUGGUCUACAUCACAGAGAGGAUCAUCUCUGUCUCCUUCCCCGCUGGUGCCGAGGAGCACAGCUAUACCACCAACCUCAAGGAGGUGACAACAAUGCUGCGGUCCAAACACAGUGAAAAUUAUCUGAUGCUCAACCUGAGCGAGUGGAGAAAUGAUUUAUCAAAGUUAAACCACAAGGUUCUUGAGUUCGGCUGGCCAGACCAUCAUGCACCAGCACUGGACAAGAUCUGCAGCAUGUGCAAGGCCAUGGAUACGUGGCUCAAUGGAGACCCACGUAAUGUGGUGGUACUACACAACAAGGGGAACCGCGGUCGAACAGGAGUGGUGGUGGCUGCAUAUAUGCACUACAGUAACAUAUCCGCAAGUGCUGACCAAGCAUUGGACAGGUUCGCUAUGAGGCGCUUUUAUGAGGACAAAGCACUUCCAGUGGGUCAGCCAUCACAGAAAAGAUAUGUACACUACUUCAGUGGCCUUCUGUCCGGACACAUAAAAAUCAACAACAAGCCUCUGUUCCUGCAUCACGUCAUCAUGCAUGGCAUACCCAACUUUGAAUCCAAAGGAGGCUGCCGUCCUUUCCUGAAGAUCUACCAGGCAAUGCAACCAGUCUAUACAUCAGGAAUAUACAAUGUGCAAGGAGAUAGCAACACCAGUAUCUGUAUCACCAUUGAACCUGGACUGCUUCUGAAGGGAGACAUUUUGUUAAAAUGUUAUCACAAGAGGUACAGAAACCCGACCAGAGAUGUGGUGUUCAGGGUGCAAUUCCACACUUGUGCCAUUCACGACCUUGGUGUGGUUUUUGGGAAGAACGAGUUAGAUGAGACAUUCAAAGAUGAGAGGUUCCCAGAGUACGGGAAGGUGGAGUUUGUUUUCUCAUAUGGACCAGAAAAAAUUAAAGGCCUGGGCCACCUGGAGAAUGGGCCAAGUGUUUCUGUGGACUACAACACCCAGGACCCUCUGAUCCGCUGGGACUCAUACGACAACUUUAAUCAUCGCUGUGAAGACAUUGCAGACAGCGAGCACGAUGUUGUUCACACUCAAGGUCCAAUCGAUGGAAGCCUGUAUGCCCGGGUCCGCAAGAAAGACUCCCUGGAGGGAGUUGUCACCAUCAACGGCCUCCCAGUUCGUGAAAACCCCUUGACCAAUACAGAGAACCCAUUGCAGCAUGCCAACCAUCCCCUACAAACUGCCGACCACACCCUUCCUGUGACAGGACACACCUCCCUUCCCGCUGUCGACCAUACCCUUUCAGUGAGCAGUGACUCAGGCAACUCUACCGCGUCCAUCAAGACUGAUCGUACUGAUGAGCACAGCCAGUCUCUGCAGAGUGCUGUGAGCCACAACAACCCAACAGCUCCUCACCCACCACUCAGCCCACAAGAGAAAAGAGAGCUUGACCAGCUUCUGAGUGGCCUAGAGGCACCAACUCAGCGGCAAGCCUACCUGUCCACAUCCACCAGUCCAGGAGGUGGAGUCCGGCACCUGGUACCAGCGCAGGUGCAUGUCAACGGGGGCCACGCCAGGUUAAUUGGCACCCCUUCAACAGGUGAACGAGAGACAAGUAUACUCGACGACGAACUACCUAAUAGCCGAGAGGGCAACAGUGUGGACAGCUUAGGCACACUCUCAUCCCUCGAGGGCCAGGCAACACCAGCUGACCUUUACUACCAAUCACAGACGCCUGUCAGUGGGCAGACUGACGGACCAUACCUCGAAAGAAGCGUGCUUGGGGAGAAACUAAACGAGAUGCCUGUGCAUGGAGUACGAACUCCUAAAGCGAUGCAAGAGAGGCCUGUGGACUCAGCAUCGCCACAAGGGGGAUACAACAACUUUCAAAAUGGAGGAGGGAUAUACCAUUCACAGUCCUUUGGGAACCCACUUGCCAGCAGUAAUGAGAUGAACCCGAAACUGAUGCCCAGGGCCCCUGAGAGGAGCACCAGUAGCCGGGAGGCUGUUCAAAGAGGUCUCAAUGCGUGGCACCAGUAUAGCUUACCAGAUGAUCCUUUUGGCCCCCCUCUUCAAUCAACCCAUAGCCUGCCCCACUUCCCCAUGCCCGCCUCACAGCGAGACAUCGAACAGUCAAUUGAGGCUCUAAACAUGCUAAUGCUAGACCUGGACCCAAUUAACUCUCACAUGUCCAAGUCCCACAGUGCGCCCCCUGGGGAGAAUAACCUCAAUUCAACCCAGGCACCCUUUUCUCAGACCUUGGCUAGGCCCUCAUACCAUGCGGACUCUGCCAUCCAUGGCUACAACAACACCUUUCACCAGCCCCUACAAUCUACUGGGAGAGUGUCAACUUUACCUUCCCAGAGUCCUGUUACGGAGUCCCCAGUGUAUUCUCCCCAGAGGCUCAAUGCCAGUUACCAACACCAAAACACCACUCCAACACACACCCCUGAGCCUUGCCUCCACACACGCCAAGCACCCCACCACUAUCCCACAGAUUCAUCUUCUAAUUUCAACCAGCAGGCACCAAUGAAGCCUAUGAACUCAUACCCAGGCAGCGUUGUUUCACACUCCCCAGACCUGCAGGGCUCGUCUCCAUACCCCGGCUACAGUGCAUCUUCUUCUCCCCUUCCUACUCUUACCCCUCAACCGAAGGAUGCAUCAUCUACUUCUUUGCCCAGAGAACAAGAUACAGAGGAGGAGACGCUAAAUUUGGAAGGUCUUGUGGCUCACCGUAUUGCCGGAGUUCGCUCCAGAGGAAUGACCCCAGAAGUGCCGCAGGAGACCGGAAGGCGUCGGACCACGAGUGAAGGCCAGUACCAGAGCAGUCAUGACAGCACCUCUGCAGUGCAUUCAUCAGACUUUGCUAACAAUCCAGUUCUCAACCCCGGAGGAAUACCAAGAGAGGGUACCAUGCACAGCUACCAGGAUGCCUUUAAGGAUGACGAAGCAGAUGGGUUUUCCAACAGUCUCACCUUUAGAGAUGGUGUUCGCUCCCCUCCAGGUUUGGCCAAGACUCCUCUUUCAGCGCUGGGACUGAAGCCUCAUCAGCAGGGUGGAUCAGACUCUGAUUCUAAUCAUGGAGAGCAAGAUAGUCGCAGUUUGGGGGACACAAGGGCACAACCACUGAAUGCUCCUUUCUCCUCAAGCAGUCCCAUCCACAGCACUGGCGAAAGGAGGGUUGGUUCUUCAGAUGGUGCCACACACAGCCCCGUCUCCUCAUACACCCACAGGCCCACCUCACCUGAGGGAUCCCAGGUCAACAUCAUGGGUGUCCACACUGUCCCUGGCAGCCCCAACACCCUCCAUCGCACCGUGGCCACCAACACACCUCCAAGCCCUGCCCUCCAGAGACGCUUGGGUCAAGCCAGCCCCUCACUGGUCAGACACCCACCUCCAGCCAGCGUCCCAUCCAAUUCUCUGAUUGCCCAAAACCCCAAAACGGCAGCCACUGGCGUGCCUCCAAGCCCUCUCAUGGGACGACGAAUAGCAGUGACUGGCCACAGCACACCUGAUGAGCUGGGUGCUGCUUCUCGCCAAGGGAGCACCCAACCGUCUCCCACACCUGCCUUUCCUGUCUCUCCACAGCUGCCAGAGAAGAGGCACGUGUCCAGUGGCGAUGCGGAGAGAACAGACAAGAACUUGAUGUCGACACCAGCCAGUUGUGGCAGCACACCAAACCUGUCUGGAACACACACACUCCAAGACGUCUCCAAGUCCAUAUAUGAUGGUUAUCCAGACAUUAAGAUGAAUGUCAAGUUUGUCCAGGACACUUCCAAGUUCUGGUACAAGCCAGACAUUUCAAGAGAGCAAGCCAUUAACUUGUUGAAGGACAGGGAACCUGGGGCAUUCGUUAUUAGGGACAGCCAUUCUUUCCGUGGGGCCUAUGGUCUGGCCAUGAAGGUAGCUUGUCCCCCACCAACUGUUCAGCAGAACAAGAAAGUUGGUGACAUCACUAACGAACUGGUGAGGCACUUCCUGAUUGAGACAAGCCCCAAAGGCGUCCGUCUGAAGGGUUGUCCCAAUGAACCAUACUUUGGAUGUCUCUCUGCUCUGGUGUACCAACACUCAAUGACCCCACUGGCUCUGCCUUGCAAGCUGAUGAUCCCCACCAAAGACCCAAAUAAAGAGGCGCUAGAACUCGCCACACCUACUGAUCCAGUUGUUGAACUUCUUAAGCAGGGCACAGUUCAAAAGGUUCCGGAGGAAGCCCAUGCAUGCAAUGUUCUCUACAUCAACUCUGUGGACAUGGAAUCUCUCACAGGCCCGCAGGCCAUUGCCAAGGCAAUUAGUCAAACGUUGGCAACCAACCCUCUGCCUGACGCCACCACUGUCCACUGUAAGGUGUCCACACAAGGCAUCACACUUACAGACAGUCAGAGGAAGAUUUUCUUUAGGCGACAUUAUCCCAUUAACACGGUAACCUACUGUGACAUCGACCCCCAGGACAGAAAAUGGGGCAAAGAAGGAGGUGGCUCAGUGAAACUUUUUGGAUUUGUCGCAAGGAAACAAGGAAGCACAACAGACAAUGUCAGCCACCUGUUUGCUGAGCUGGACCCAGAUCAGCCAGCCUCUGCCAUUGUCAGCUUUGUCUCCAAAAUGAUGAAGCGGUGAAACCUGCAAUGUCCAAAUGGCAGUGGUCAUUUUGCAAUCUUACUUCGUCAUUGGUGUCUUUUGGCCAGGACUCGAUAAUGUCCUUUCUGUUUCCUGUUGGUUUGUUUCUGUUUCCUUUCUCUCUUUUUUCCUCUCUGCCUUGCUGGUUUGUCUUGACUUUGGUCUUUUUUGGAGUAGUCUCUAUUUGAAGGCUUUGGUGCGGAUCCAGAGUGGAGGUAGAGGAAGUGUGGUAAACAUGACAACCAUGGAGACCAUUAGAGGGAGAAAAAUUAUUCACAGGCUCACCUGUGGGAGAGGAAAUUAUGAGCUAUAGAGUAAAGAAACAAUGCUAAGUUUAGUCGGGGAACAAGUAAAGACUUGUAUGUUUCAGGGUUUUGUGUUAUUUUGUGGAUUGAUUUACCAAAGGUAGUUGCAAUAAAAGUGCAAGAAUGAUGUAGCUAUUAAGCCAUUAUUAUUUCCUCUUUUCAAAAGAUGAAGUGUUGAACAAAAAAAAGAAAACAAAUCUGGGUUCUUCUUGAACUCGUCUUCAGGAAAAAAAGUCGGCCUUGAUGGCUUUUAUCAAAACAUUGUCUGAAGACAUUAUGCAUGUUAGCUUGAUCUUUAAGCUUGGUUCUUCUACCUUCCCCAAUAGUCAUUGUGAAAUCCUUAGAGUGGUCAAUUCCGGGUCUGUUGUGUGUUGGAAAGGGCUCUGCAGUGAAACGACGACUUAUCUAAACUGCGCAUAGCAGACCAGACUUAAAAAUGAAAUCUCUACCUACCCCCCUUGCCACGCUAAGGUCACCGCACUUUGUGUCAGUGCAGCCACACUUGCAUUACUUCUGGUUCACGCCUCUCUCCAAUCUCGCUUCUUGGAUUUCUCUUGCCUGAAAUCAGCAAAAUGCUGAUCGCAUGGCAGACAGACAGAGAGAGAGGAGAGAGCAAGGAAAUCUGUUUCUCCAAAAGAUGGCGCCACUUAUUCAGGCUUCGACCUCCGGAGUCACAUCGACUUGCCCAUCAACCAACUGCUUGCAGUAGUGGAUCUGUUAUAGACGCUGCCACUGAAACACACUGGAAAUCACCAAGGACUGGCCCAAUGACGUGGACCUAUGCACUGUUCUUUAUGCAUGUUGUUGUCCAAAACUGCACCCUCCUUCAUAGCUACAUUCAACAUCACUGAAAACAUUCUAUGCUAUGUGCUAAAAACUAAGAACCUUUAGACAAGUACACUGAGAUUGUAUGACUUGUCAAAGACUGCAUGAAAUAGACAAACAUUUUUUGUACUCUUCUCUGAGUCCUAAAAAGAAGUAGAUAACCCAUUGUAGUCACAUGAUGGUGAGAUGCUAUAUUUGUACUUUUUUCUUUCAUUUUUGAUCCGUUUGAGCCAGGGUUACCUUUCAAGGACAGUUCAUUUCUCUUUUUUUGUUCCACAGUGUCGUCAAAAUUGACAUUUAGAUACCCUUAGGGCAAAUGAAAAGAAAAAGACAAAAACACGAGUUUCCAUGCUGUGCACUAUGCCUGCUUCUUGAACUCACGCUCAGUCAUUCACUAUAAGCUAAGGAAAAUUGAUAUUGAUAUAAAUGUACAUAGAUAUACUACUUUGAAAGGUGACAUAGCGAAAAAGUAUUUAUUUUUGUUGCUUUGGUCCCUCAUGAUUGCUCAUAUAUACAUAUAUUGUACAGUCUAGAUAAAGAUUACCUAAUGGGUUGAGAAAAAAUAUAUAUAGUUAUUUUGGCUAAUGAUUUCAAAAUCUGAUGAUUUUGAAAUGUGUUUGAAUAUAUGGUGUACAUUACUUUGUACAUGUAUUAUAUGUUUGUUUUCAGUUUAUCAUGUUUUUCAUUUUUUUUGUGUUCUCUCAGAAUUAGGCAGGGCAUGAAUGAGACAGAAGCCAAGAGUCUGAGUUGCAUGGACAGUCGCCAUCCGUUUGGAGCGCACUCGUUGAAGCUUUGUAGCUGGUAGAAUAUAAGAUUGAAGGUGUGAUUUUAGAGACAAAAAAUAGGGAAGCACGUUAAAGUUCUAAAGCCAACCUCAAAUGCAAUAUGAAAACAGCUGUAUGCACCCAUGACAGUUCCGAUUAUAAUUUUGCCAAAGAUUUAUACAUCUAUGCUGACUGACUGCAUGUCUCUUUUUGUAUUCAGUUUUCCUUUUUUUCAUGUGUGUGUGUUUCAUUCAGUCAUCUUGCUUGGCUUUUGCAGUAAUUUCAAGAACCAACCAUUAACCACAGACAUGAGUGUUCUUGGUAAUUAAGGGGCAUUUACACAGUGAGACAUUCAGCUGCAGAUGACGAAAGAGCUUUUUCUGAUUUGUUUUUACGGGUGUCUCAAUGUUACUAAAAUGUGUCAAACUUCUGUGCCUGUUGAUAAGAGAACAGGUCAGCUGUGCCCCAUUGAAAGUGUGUAGACAAAGCACUUAUAUUCACAAUACCAAAAGAGGAGUGACAUAAAUUUCAUAUGGGUGUCAGCGCUGGAGAAAAAUAAAGCCAGACGUGUCUCACCAUGAUGCUAAAGCUCUCCAGCGGCAGCUUUGUCAGACUGCCAAAGGUGUCUUCUCUGCCCCCCCCCCCCCCCCCCCCCCACCACCACCACCACCACCACCUUUCCCCCUCAAGAGUCAGUGAUUUAUUUAUUCUUAUUUAUUCUUUAUUUUCCUGACAUAUUUUUAAAUUCAUUAUCACCAUAUUGCAGUUUUAACUGUCGAUUUUAGGAAUGUAUGGUGGCGUUUCAUGAAAAACAAAGAGGUACAGUGCAUUUAAAUUGACUAUGAACAAGCUUUAUGCCAUUUUUAGUCAUUUGGAGAUAAUAAUAGAAUAAUUAACUGUUGUUUAAGUUAAAAAUACAUUAAAAACAAUCUAAAAUUACAUUGUACCUGUUGGCUUUGAGUGAAGAGCUACCUUGUUGUUUCAGUGGAAAAAAAAAUAAAGAUUCUGUGACCCAUUGUACAAAUGGCAUUUGUGUGUUGUAUGAAUCUUCUACUGUGGAUGUACAAAAGGGUCUCAGAUUCUGUUUGUGCUUAUCAUUUACAUUGUAUUGUCAUGGCUUACCUGUUCCUAAGGAGAAAAAAAAACAUUAAAGCAAUACAGAUCAGUUACAUUAAA